AAGAAUGCCAUUUUGACUUUGCAAUGCACCUGCAACCUAAGAAGUGUUGGGUGAGGCCUCUACAACUAAAGAAUUCAUCUCAGUUGACUUGGAAGCAACAUGUUGAAACCCUCACCUUGGGGGAACCACCUAACCCAAAACUCUAUAGAAGGGGAAGAGGGGGAGUAGAUAUGACUUCAGCAACCGUGCGAGCUAUAAACUCCUUCAGAGCUUUCUUAUUCACCAUUGAAGGAAAAGAUGAAAAAUAA